UGGGGCUGCGCUGCGCUGGCCGCCGCCCUGGGCGGACCGGGUGCAGUAGGUGUGAGCUCUCCGACCCUCGGUGCGGCCCGCGGCAGGGGCGCAGUCGGGAUCCCGGCGGGAGCGCGGUUCGAAGGCCAGAGGCAUGGAAAGUGGGUGUCCCUCAGCCUUGUAUUAUAAAGUCCCAGAUGAUGACAUCUCUGAAAAUCAGCUGGCAGGGAGGGACGGCCAGCCUGCUGCCACUGACUUCCUGGGGACCCUGGAGAUGCUCUCUACCAAAAGGGACAUCCUAGAGGCCCCGGAGGAGGAAGAGGAGUCCGAGGGUCCCCCCAGGGAGCAGGACUUGAAGGAGGCCUACAUCCAGCUGGUCCGAGGCGUGCAGGAGUGGCAGGACGGCUGUGUGUACCAAGGGGACUUCGGGCUGGACAUGAAGCUGGGAUACGGUGAAUUCUCUUGGCCCACGGGCGAGUCGUACCGCGGGCAGUUUUACCGGGACCACCGCCACGGGCUGGGCACCUACCAGUGGCCCGACGGCUCCAGCUUCACUGGCACGUUUUACCUCAGCUACCGAGAGGGCUACGGCACCAUGUACCUGAAGACCAGGCUCUUCCAGGGGCUGUACAAAGCGGACCAACGGUUUGGGCCGGGCGUGGAGACCUACCCGGACGGCAGGCAGGACGUCGGGCUGUGGGUCCGGGAGCACCUCAUCAAGCUGUGCACGGAGGUUCCCCGCAGCUUCUCCAUCCACAACUACCCCGAGUACUCGGGCUUCCUCACUCACUCUCCUGCUAGACUCAGCCUCUCGGAUGAGGAGAAGGUGGACUGGGACCAGCCGGAGGGACAGGACCCCUUUUUCUACGACUAUAAGCGGUUUCUUCUGAACGAUGACCUGACUCUGCCUCCAGAAAUGCACGUUUACUCGACCGACAACAGCCACCUGCCCGUGACCUGCUCUUUCCGCAAAGAAUUAGACGCCCAAAUCUUCCUUAAUGACAUUCCUCCAUUUGCUGAGGAUGAAGAGCCCUGGUUUAUAAAAAAUGAGACCCCUCUGAUGGUCAAGAUCCAGAAGCAAACCUACAAAUACAGGAACAAGAAGGCCCACACCAGCUGGAACAUGGGUGCCAUCUUGGAGGGGGACCGGAGCGGCUUUGCGCACCAUGGGCCCAAGGAGCAGCUUUCCGAGGAGAUGAUCCUGCGGGCCGAGGAAGGGGACUACGACUGGGUCUACAGGAUCCUCAGGGAUGACCUCGCCAGCGCCGACGUGGCCGAUGCCAAGGGCUACACUGUGCUCGCUGCGGCCACCGUUCACUGUCACAACGACAUUGUCAGCCUUCUGCUGGACAGCGGGGCCGACGUGAACAAGUACACGGACGAGGGCCUCACGCCGCUCAGCAUGUGCUUCCUCCUCUACUACCCGUCCGCGUCCUUUAAGCCCAACAUCGCUGAGAGGACGGCGCCCAAGUCCCACGUCAGCCCCGUGGCCCUGCGGCUCCCGGCACCGUGCCCCGUCUACUACCCGCCUGUCCGUCUCUCCACCCGGCAGUGCGCCUCCCCCCGCCUUGCACAGGAAGCUCCAAAUAUGCCAGUAAAUCCCAGCCUUGCCUUCUCAUUCCCUGAAAUGGCCAUGGAGUCCACCUGUUUCAAGGACCUGGCGCCCACGCCAGGCAGCCAGGAGCAGAAGUCCAUCGUGUGGGGCAGCGAGGAGGACCGUCUCUCCCCGGGUGCCCGGCUGUCUCAGGAGUCCCCCGACCUGGGGAGCAGCCCUCGGAAGCAGGACUUGUCACCGUGGGACAGUUCCAGUGACCUGGAGAAGGGGCCGGAUGGCACGGCGGGGAGUCUGGACAGGUGCGCGCCGGGCAGCCAGGAGACGGACUUCGAGUCCGCCGUCUGUGUGCGCAACUUCUCCUUCGGGCUGUCCCAGGACCUCCUGGAGGGGAGCGCCCAGGCCCACAGCAUGCUGAAGGCCCCCUGCUUCAGUGCCACCGGCUUCGACACGGGCACCAUGAGGAAGAUGGCACUGGCCGCGGUGGAACGCAGAACCAGGUGGCUGACCAUCGAGCUGCUGCUGCACCGAGGCGCGGACCCCAACCUGUGCCGCGUGCCCAUGCAGGCCCUUUUUUUUGCCGUGAAGGCUGGGGACGUGGCCGGGGUGAGGCUGCUGCUGGAGAACGGGGCCAGGACCGACAUCCAGCUCCCGGCUGAGCUGGGGGCCCUGACCCCCCUGCACAUCGCAGCCGCCCUUCCCGGGGAGGAGGGCGUCAGGAUAACGGAGCUGCUCCUGCACACUGUCACCGACGUGGACGCCAGGGUGGCCGACGAGGAUGACGUGUACAAGCCGAGCAAGCUAGACCUGUUGCCCUCAAGCCUGAAGCUCAACAAUGAAGCGGGCCCGGCCGGCAUCUACCACAGCAGGCCUACGUGUGUGCCGGAUGAGGGGGGCAGGACGGCCCUGCACGUGGCCUGUGAGCGUGAGGACAGCUACAAGUGUGCCAGGGACAUAGUCCGGCUCCUCCUCUCCCACAGAGCGAACCCCAACGUGCUGUGGAGCGGCCACUCCCCGCUCUCCUUGUCCAUCGCCAGUGGCAACGACCUGAUCGUGAAGGAGCUUCUGUCCCAUGGAGCUGACCCCAACCUGCUGCUGACCAGAGGCUUGGGCAACGCCUUGUGUGUCGCCUGUGACCUCACCUAUGAGCACCAGAGGAGCAUGGACAGCAAGCUGGCCCUGAUCGACCGGCUCGUUGAUCACGGGGCUGACAUCCUGACCCCUGUGACGCUCACGCAGGGGGACAAGGUGGCUGUGGGCACGGCUGUCGAUUACGGGUACUUCAGAUUCUACCAGGACCGGAAGAUCGCCCACUCUCCUUUCUACGCGCUGACGCCGGUGGACCGGGAGGUCCUCCUGGCCCGGAAGCAGAUCUUGGAGCACAUGGGCUUCCAGCUGCGCCGCGCCGUCUUCGCCAAGGAGAGCCAGUGGGACCCGAAGGUGCUGUACCUGAGCAAAAGAGCUGACCCCCUACCGCAGGCUGAAGCAGAAAAGCACCGGGCUGUCCAAGGAGCUCCACUUGGAGGAGCAGGAGCCGUAAGUGGCCGAGGGCGGCCGCGGGCCGGACGGUGUGACCGGCCUGGCCCCCUGCCCAGGGCGGCGUUGCUCCGCCUGAGCCCCGAGCAACACGGGCCGUGGCUGGGGUCACGGGUGCCCUCCUGGAGCGGCCCCGCUUCUCAGAGACACCUCUGCUGGUGCCGCCCUGCGCCCCUGCGUCCCUCCCGGCCCCUCCCCCACCCGCUCCUCCUCGAGGUCAUGGCUCCGCAACCACCCGGCCUUUCCAGAACAAUCUCUUUAUAGACGUACCCCUGUGGGCGUCCGGGGAGGUGCCUGCCCAGUGAAGCCUGCUGGGUGAGGUGCGGGCGAGGAGCGGGGACAGGCCUUGCUCCCGAGGCAGACGGCGUGGGGCUGCCGGGCUCACUCACAGUCGCACGGGGUGCCCGCGGGAGUCUGCUCCCCUCGUGCUGUGGCGCGUCAGGGUCUCUGACGCCACGGCAUCGUCUCCCCCGGGCCCUGGUGGCGGGCUUUCCGGCGGCAGGGUGUGUUUCCCGCCCUGACGGGCCCCGUCCCUGGACGGGGACUUGGGGCCUUCUGUCCGCAUGUGAGCGGCCAUCCCGUGAGGGGGACGGCAGCUCCGGCGGGGACAGCUGGGAAGGUCCCGGAGCUCGGGGUCGGGCGGGCACGGACGGCGGGCCCUGCCCCGCUGCCCGCGUGGCUCCCUUGCAGGAUCCCCUUCUUCAAGUUCUGCUACCAGUGCGGCCGCUCCGUCGGGGUGCGCCUCGUGCCCUGCACCCGCUGCUACGGG